CGCUUAGUGAUGACGCAGAUUCUAGAAUCUUCCGGAAGAGCUAUAGCGCGUUGCGAACAGAUGCGUCAGAGACUUGCGCAUUUCAAACUAGGAAGGUGAACCUCGGACGUUUCUCUCGGUCAUUACAGGCUAGCAGCAAAUUCCUAACAUGUUGGUGGUGAGGCUGACGUGUCUGAGGAGUCUCCCAUUAGUGGGGCUCCGUCCUAUGCUGUCACAGGGCUCCUCAGCCCUGAGAGCACCCACCCUGAAGGCCUGUCCCCCUAUGCUUAGGCCCCAGCAGGGUUAUUCCUCAAAGGCCAGAUUUGGAUUCCGCCGUGCAAAAACCAGCAGGGAGCAGCUGAAAGAAGCAGCUUUUGAACCAGCAACUGAUACAGCCAUCAAAAUUGACAGCAUGGGCAGAAUGAUUCUUGCCGGAGGCGCGGUGGUGGGCCUUGGAGCUCUUUGCUAUUAUGGUCUCGGCAUGUCUAAUGAAAUCGGAGCCCUUGAGAAAUCAAUGAUCUGGCCUCAAUAUGUGAAGGACAGAAUCCACUCCACCUACAUGUACUUUGCAGGCAGCAUUGGACUGACGGCUUUGUCGGCUGUAGCUGUUAGCAGGACCCCAGCACUGAUGGGUCUAAUGAUGAGGGGGUCCUGGUUGGCAAUUGGAGCAACUUUUGCAGCGAUGAUUGGAGCAGGGAUGCUGGUUCGGUCCAUCUCAUAUGAGCACAGCCCAAUGCCCAAACACCUUGCUUGGAUGCUCCAUGCAGGUGUGAUGGGUGCUGUCAUCGCUCCACUAACUCUACUGGGAGGACCUCUGAUGAUGAGGGCUGCCUGGUACACAGCAGGCAUUGUGGGAGGUCUGUCCACUGUGGCUAUGUGCGCUCCAAGUGAGAAGUUCCUCAACAUGGGAGGACCUCUUGCUGUCGGCUUUGGAGUGGUAUUCGCCUCCUCCCUUGGGUCCAUGUUUCUGCCACCCACCUCAGCAUUUGGAGCAGGCUUGUAUUCCAUUGCAGUCUACGGAGGUCUAGUUCUCUUCAGCAUGUUCCUCCUCUACGAUACACAAAAGGUUAUUAAGAGGGCGGAGACACACCCACUUUACGCUGCACAAAAAUAUGACCCCAUAAAUGCGUGUAUGGGGAUUUACAUGGACACGCUGAACAUUUUCAUGAGGCUGGUGAUGAUUCUGGCUGGCGGUGGUGGCGGCAAAAGGAAGUAAACAUCGGAUUGAGUUUUACUUUCUUCCACUGAGCACAGCAAAACGUUCCAGUGGUUCUGAUGUACAAGUGUUAUCCUUUAAAUACAAGUCUAAUGUGACUGGUAGAUGAUAAUAAAGCUUCGGGAGAAUUUUGAAGAUGGGGAUCUGACUCUAAGCUG